AUGCAUCUACCCAACGAAGUCCACGACCUCAUCAUUUCAGAUCUUGAACCGCGAGAACGCUUCAACUACCGCCUUGUCGGCCACUCAUUCGCACAAACCGCAAUACCACACGUCUUCAGGCGCAUCAAUGUCUCGCCCGUGGUAUCCAGUCUCCACGACCUGGCACACAUUGCAAGCCAGAAGCAUCUAAACCGCCAUGUGACACACUUGGGAUGGGACAGCGAUCGAUUGCGCCUCGGAAACAAGAAAGGUCAAAUCGAUCUUGGAGACACACAGUGGGAAGCCGUGAGAGAGAUAUUGCCCCGAGAUGCGAACGAAAGCGAACAUCAUGAAGAUAUUGGCAUGCGUAUCCUAACCCUAAUUCUCCGCCACUUUCCCAAUCUCAAAACAUUGGAUAUUGAUAUCUGGGAGAGCUCUGACACUACCGAAAGAUGUCUUGAUCCUUCAGACUCUUCGUCUAUGAUCCGGGGCGAAUGCGAGAUGUAUACACUCCUUACAGCAGCGCAUGCCGUGGGAUGUCAGAUUACCGAGUUCAAGCUCUCCAGCAUAGGUAGACCGCAUCCGCUUUUCCGUUCGGAGAUCUGGCCUUCCCUCGUUCCUGUGUGCAAAGACCUGACAUCUUUAAAACUUCCCUUGAACUUCGCUCUCAGCGUCGAGGAGAAGGAAACAUGGUUGAGGGAGUACAAGGAAAUAGAAGAUCAGAUACCAGAGGAUGAGCGCACGACAAUCUUCACAGGGUACACAACAGUCCAUUCAUUCCACAGCACAGCGGCGCAGAUAGCUUCAUUCCGGGCAUUCCUUAGUACACUGAGUAAACUGCAGACGCUCGAACUGACGCUCGAAGCGGGGCAGUGGGAUGAACACGUCGACAUGGAUGCUCAUCUCAGCCUGCAAGGUCCUUCUCUCGAGGACGUGCUUCCUUCAAACGCUUUUCCGCAUCUGCGAGACAUUGGAGGUGGCCAAGUUUACCAAUGUCGCGUUCGCAUUUUGUGA